GCAUGUAUUGACAUAUACACAUCUGAUGUUGGACAGGCAUGUAUUGACACUCACACAUCUGAUGCUGGGCAGUCUUGUAUGGACACUCACACAUUUGAUGUUGGGCAGUCUCGUUCAUGUAUGGACACUCACACAUCUGAUGUUGGACAGUCAUGUAUGGACACUCACACAUCUGAUGUAGGACAGCCAU